AUGGCGGUCUCCGCAGGAGUUCAAGGUGCCCGUAAUUUUGGCUUGUUGAAAGGACUUGAAGCAGGACAAAGAGGAGUAGGUGAUGAUGCAGUUAGCUGGGGACCUGCAGAUGAUGGAGCUACAGCACUUACAAGGUGGGCAGGCGUGACUAUUAGGCCAGCAAGGACAAAUGAUGGGAACAGGAUACAUAGCCUGAAAGCAGAAUGUGGACCUAAACGACCAGAAGCUCCUCCGUCAGUUAGAUUUGUAACAAAAAUUAAUUUGAAUAGGAGAAAUAAUUCCAGUGUAAUGGUAGAUGCAUGGAGCAUACCAGUGUUAGCAAAAUGGCAAAAUCCAUAUACCAUUAAAGCUGCACUUCAGGAGCUAAGACGUCUAAUGAUGCCCAAAGGAAAGAUGAAGCUUCCGCAGCCACCAGAAGGAAAAACGUGCAACAAGUAA